AUGCGCGAUCGCCUAAUUCAUAGACGUGGUUGGUUAUCCCAGCUGUCUGUGAGAUCUCCAGAUAGGCAGUCGAUACACAGGCUAGGCGAAGCAAUUGACCAGGAAGUUGUUGCGUCCUCCAACAGAAACAAAAAUGCAGGCCGAGUUUUGAUUACACGCAAUGUAACCCCCAUGCUGGGUAAUCUAUAUAUCCCUGCCACUACCAUGUACGGAGGAAAUAAAUUGCUUGUGAAGGUUCCGUUCAAAGGCAGGAUCCGGGGCUGGUUCCAACAACUGUUGAGCGUUCGACGGACUGGCCUACAUGUCUAUGACCCUCAUGUCCAGAAAGAGCAAUAA